GAUCGAGAGUGCCCUGCAAAGUGUCUGGCGAUCGUUUCUGUAUAUGACUGAAAUAUAAUUAACUGAAAUAUAAUUGUUUGUUCGCGAGUGAAUACGUGACUGCUACGAGGAAACAACAAAGGAUGAAACAACAAAAGAGAAGGACAUCUGGAAAAGUAUCGGACAGAAAGCAGGGAGAGAGCCUGAAGCAGCCAGAGACAUGCGAGUUAAAUCAGUCAACAUAACCAUGUCGCCUGAACCUACACACGAACCUAUUCAGGAAAAUCUGACAGUUUCUAAUGCACUUUUGGAUACAAGAAUGAUGAAUGACGACGAGGACAGUGAUGAUGAGGAUAUAGGAAUGGCAGGAUAUGUGCCACUAUCUCAGGUAUCUACUGAUGCAGAUCCUAUAUUGGAUAGAGAAGAGAAUGAUGAGUGGUUAUCUGGAUUUGACGAAUCUACUCAAAUAGCAUCUGUUCAUACAGCAGAGACCCAACAAAAUUGUUCUUCAGAUAUACUUCAAGUUUGGUCGUGUUCGCACAAUCGUUCUGAUAUUGACCUAGAUGCAUCUAAAAUCAAGGAAGUUAAAUCUGUAAUGGCAUCCAUCACCCUUCCUGAAACUUCGAUUCCACAAUGGGCAUCCACAAUUUCAGAGGAACAAUGGAAAGAGCAACUUCUUGUUCGUAUUAAACAGAUGCAAAACAAAGAUCCGUAGAGUUUCUAAGUUGCAACAUAGUCUUGAUUGCAACAUACAAAAGUCCAUCAUAUAUGUAUUUAUUGAAGAAGGCACAAUAUGAUUUUAUAACUCGAAUUCUGCAUCGAUGGCAGCGGCUUUGACUGGAUUGAGUUUCUUUCGUAAGGCAG